UACAACAUAGAUCUUCGUCAUACCUUUUGCUAUCCUUUGUGAAAAGAGGAGUAAACUCCAGAUAAAAGUAGUAACUAGUCGCUUAACUCUUGAUUGAUAAAUUUUAAAUGAUCGUUAUUUCUUGCUUAGGUGUUGAAAUUGAGCAUAUAAUAUAUCAUUGAAAAGCAUUUGAAGUCUAGUUUCCAAAGCCACUAGUUUUUCAUGUAAUAAAAUCCUCUUUAAAAGUUCUUCAAUAAAGACAAAAUUACUCUACUAAACUCUAUAGUCAUCAAUCAUAAUAAUUAUGCUAAAAACGAUUAAAACCUCUCAAAUCAGCAUAAAUAACCAAAAUGACUAAAGUUACAUUAUAAAAUCUUUCUAAAUAAGCAUAAAACAACUAACAACAACCAUUAUAAAAGAGUAUAUAUCAAGAGAGAAACGGUAAAUUUACAUUUACACUUAUCAUAAGUUUACUACUUAGCCCCCAAUUAAUCAAUAUACUAAUCAUAAUGAAUAUAACGAGUAAAGGUGAAGCACAUGAGGUACUAAUAAUUAAUAACCUUUGACCCAAUAAAUAUUCUUACUUUAAUUAAUUAAUUUAAAGCCCUUGGUUAAUCCUAUUUUCCCAUCCCAUGAAGAUACACAUAUAUCUUUGAAUAGUAGUAACUUCCUAGCUAGUUAAAACAACAUAGGAAUAAACUACACUCCAUGCAUUUUCCCUCCUAAAAUCUUCCCUACAACCCUUUUUAACCACAUUCCUCGCGUCAACUCCUUAGUUUAUUCCCUCUUAUAAACCCUUCCUCUCCUCAAAUUCUCAUUCCCACUUUCCCCUCUAACCCUAAAACAUCUUAACCAAAACCCAAAAAAAUACACAUAAAACUAAGCACAUUUUCAUCCUUUCUAUUGAUAUUUUCCCAAAAAUGUCAAUAAUAAUCCAAAAAACAAUCAAGGUAUUCGCCUUGAUCGCAAUCACCAUAGCAAUAUCCAUUAUUGCAUUAAGCUCCAUUAACAUAACCCACCAAAACCAUCACGAAACCCUACACCAGCCCACUAGCCCGGUGGUAGUUCUCUCGAAGAGGCCCGUAAGUCGGUUUCUAGCUGAACACAAUAAGGAUUAUCUACACCAUGGAAGAAGCUUAAAGCCAGCUGACCAUUGUCAGAAGGAUUAUGAAGUUUGUGACAUUAUGUAUGGAAAGAAUUACACAUGUUGUGGGAAUAAAUGCUUUGAUCUCAACAUUGAUAAGAAUAAUUGUGGAGCUUGCCAUAAAAAGUGUAAGUUUACGUAUGAUUGUUGUAAUGGAAAGUGCGUAGACAAAGCUUAUGAUAAGAGGCAUUGUGGGAAAUGCAACAAUAAGUGCUUAAUUGGACAAUAUUGUGUUUAUGGGAUGUGUGAUUAUGCUUAAUUAAUUAUUUAAUUAAUUAAUUGAUGGUUUAUUCAUCCCAUUUUCAUCCAUUAUUAUUUAUGAGGUUUGUGAUUUUUAUGUAUAUAUAUUUAUCAAGCAAUAAAUUAAUCACCACUUAAUUUGUUAGUGGUGAAUCAUUUUCUUUUUAGUUUUGAGACAAAGGUAUAAUUUAAUUAUAAUUACAUUAUAAUUAUAAUUAUACACUCUCCCUUAUUUGAUUAUUAUUGUUAUUCAAAACGAAUAAUAUUGUUGUAUUGAUGUUUUGAGUUAUAAAAACUAAUUGUAUUGUGUUGUGUUAUAACUAGGGUUUAAUUCCCUAGAUUCUUGAGGGAUUGUAUCAAGGUAUUUGAGGCUAUUGUUUUUUAAAACUUGCGUAAUUGAAUUGAACAUUCUUUUAUUAGGGUUUUCAGUAUUAUGUGACAUACUGUGUUGAUUACUAUAACUAUGAUUUAUAAUUAUAAUGAGACUCGCAUCACAAAAUUAUUCUUGAGCGAAUUAUUAUUUAAACACUUGAAAAAGUAUUAUUUAAAUUAAUUAAUCUCAGUUCCUCAUUGUUCAAUAUUUCAUCUUACAUAUCUAAUAUACUUUGAGUAAUUAAUAGCGUUUGACAAUGAAAAUUAAUCGCUAUAAUAGUUUAUUUGCCUCAUAAUGAAUUUCGCAUAGUAAAUAAAACUAAAAAUACAACUCACAUUUCAUAAUUCAAUAAUCAAUUAACGCACGCACCAACAACAUCUGACAUGAUAUUAUUUAAUUAUUUUUAUAAAUCAGUAUAAAAUUAUCCAUCAUAGUGAUCGUUCAUUGACCAUUUUUUGAUAUUUAGCAGUACAAGUAGAUGAUUCUUCUGGCCUUGUGUGUUGAUGCAAAGGGCAAAAUCAUCUUUAGUUAUGCAAGAAAAGGCUUCUAAAUUAGUGUAAGCCAAGUUAUAAAUCUUCCCCAAAAAAUAAGGAUAUUCCACAUUAUGAUUGCUUAUUAAAUAUGCAUAUAUUCAUGCACAAUCAUAAAAUAUUGACAGUCAAUGACGUGAUACCCAAGUUUCUUGCGAAUUGGAGGAGUAAAAGGCCAAAAAGAAAGCCCAAAAUUAAGAAAACAAAAUCUUGAAUUUUACAGAAUUUGUUUCUUGAAAACUAAAAAGUGAGAAGCCAUUCACAUUAAAUUGUCCUGAAAUCACAUGAACACUUGACCCAACAUAAUUAAUUUGAACAAUAUUAUUGGGCUGUUUCACAUGCUAUUUAUUCACAUACUCUAAGAGACUAAGAGUCAAUUUAAUUAAUAAAAAACAUUUGUUAGUGAUGUUUUAAAGCCAACUAUCAUAAUUAUAUGCAAUCUAAUUAACUCUUAAUUUUAGUAAUAUAAAUUCUUAGUUAUAUAUUUUUCUUUUUAAGUAAAAAUAAUUAAAAGGCAAAUAAAAUAUUUGAAAUACCAAAUUACUUCUAAUAAAUUUUACUUUUAAUUUUUGACUUGAAUUGAAAAAUAUUUUUGACUUGUUUUUCAAUAUAGUAAAAUUUAUUAUUAUGAAAAAAUUAUUUUGAUUGAGCUCACCUUGCUUAUUCCCACACUAAUAAACUGAACUUUAUGACUUGAAUUUGCUAGUUUUAGGAAGAACUUUGGGGGUUAAAUUUUUUGGUAUAUAUGGAUCAAAUAAGAAAGAUUUUAAAAUGAGAAGGAUAAGAAAGAUUUUUUGUUAGUAACUAUAUGUACAUAAAUGGAUACUCUGUUAUAAAUUAAUAACAUUUUUCAGAUAUAUGACAUAGUAUUUUUUCUGUGUAAGACAAUGACUUUUACAUUUAAGUGUUUUUGGCUUGAUAGUGACCUAAAACUUUUUUAUCUUAUCCAAAUUAAGGGUGUAAAAUGCUUCUUAUCUUUCUCAUUUUGAACACCCUAUUUCAUUGAAUCACCCCCAUAUAUAUGUAGGAAUUAGGAUGAAAUCAGAAGGAUUUUAAAAUAAGAAUGGAAAAAGAAGGAUUUUUGUUUAGUCAUUAUGAAUACAAAAAAGGAAUACUACGUUAUCAAUUAAGAAUAUUUUUCAGAUUUAUGCCAAAUUAUAACAUAGUGACUUUUACAAUUAAUUGUUUUUAGCUCGA